UACAAUAUAUAUGCAGUUACGCACUUGUAGCUUUAAGCCCGCCGCCGAUCCCGACGCUCACUUCUGUACAAGUCGCUUACCCGCAAUCACGGUCGCAGCAGUAUUUCGCCCGGAGUUUCCAUCACGAUUCAAAAAAAAAUACAAAAUGGAGUUCAAACAGUUCAAAGAAUUUUCAACAGACAUGAUUGAUUACGUGGGAAAUUAUUUAGAAAACAUUCGAGAUCGGAAAGUAUUGUCAUCGGUAAAACCUGGUUACUUAAGACCACUUUUACCAACUGAGGCGCCUAAUGAUCCCGAAAACUGGAAAGAUGUGAUGUCGGACGUCGAAAAACUGAUUAUGCCAGGGGUUACUCAUUGGCAUUCUCCAAGAUUUCACGCUUAUUUCCCUACUGCAAACAGCUACCCGGCCAUCGUUGCUGACAUACUGAGCGAUUCAAUUGCUUGCAUAGGAUUUUCAUGGAUAUCAAGCCCAGCGUGUACUGAAUUGGAAGUGGUCAUGAUGGAUUGGUUGGCUAAAAUGAUAGGCUUACCAGAAAUUUUCUUAGCCUCUGCUGGCCUGGGAGGAGGUGGAGUAAUUCAGGGCACGGCCAGUGAAGCCACUUUGGUGGCGUUGCUGGGCGCCAAGGCACGGAUACUGCAGAUCAUGAAACAGGCGGAUCCGACGCUCGUGGACGUGGACGUCGUGCCCAAGCUGGUCGCGUACUCGUCCGAGCUGUCCCAUUCGUCUGUGGAGCGCGCUGGCCUGCUGGGAGGCGUGUUGCUCCGCGCCCUGGACACGGACGGUGAGCAUAAACUUCGCGGUGACACGUUGCGUGACGCCAUCGCCAAGGACCGCGCGGAUGGCCUGAUCCCGUUCUUUGUGGUGGCCACCCUGGGCACUACCAGCUGCUGUUCGUUUGACCGCCUGGACGAGAUCGCCGAGGUGGGCAAUGCCGAGAACAUUUGGGUGCACGUGGACGCCGCGUACGCUGGAUCUUCAUUUGUUUGCCCGGAAUAUCGUCAUUAUAUGAAAGGAAUAGAAUUAGUCGAUUCAUUCAAUUUCAAUCCUCAUAAGUGGCUGCAAGUUACUUUUGAUUGUUCAGCAAUGUGGCUAAGAAAUCCAAAUUACGUGAUAAAUGCUUUCAACGUAGAUCCACUUUACUUGAAACACGAACUUGAGGGACAAAUGCCAGAUUAUAGACACUGGCAAAUACCGUUGGGCCGCCGUUUUCGUUCGUUAAAAAUGUGGUUCGUGUUCCGUCUAAUUGGUGUCGCAAACCUUCAAAAGUCCAUCAGAAAAGAUAUAAAUCUUGCACUUGAAUUUGCCAAACGAUUGGAAAACGACCCUAACUAUGAACUUUUCAAUGAAGUCACUAUGGGAUUGGUGUGCUUCAGAAUUAAGGGAUCCAACGAAAUCAACGAAGCGUUAUUAAAAGAGAUAAACGAACGAGGCAAAGUGUAUAUGGUCCCAUCAAAAGUUAAAGGAACCUUUUUUUUGCGUAUGGCUAUUUGCUCGAGAUUCACACAGAUUGAAGAUAUUGACGUGACAUGGAACGAAGUUAACGAAGCCGGUAAAACCGUUUUGAGUAAAUAAUAGAAUUCGUCUAUUAAAAAUUAAGAUUAAAGUUAACAGCUAAAAUGAAUUCUGUUCAAUAUUAAACAUUGAACACGAAUGAUUAUUAAAAAUAGUAUCGACAAAUAUAAAAUAAAUAUCAUUCACACUAAUAAUACAAAAUUAAAUAAUUUUACUCAUACUAAGGAAAACAGGAUUUUAUUGCAAUAGAUACUUCAUUAACAAAACAUUUUAAUCAAUAUUGUUAUUAUACUAUUUUUAAGGUCAUACUAUUACUAUGACCUAUUACGCAUGUAUCUUAUUUUUCUUUAAAUUGUAAAAACACAUAACUAUUAUUGUAUUAGAAAAUACAAAUUUAAAUUAGGUACCUAUUAUUUAUUUAUUAUAAAUAAUAUUAGACAUUGGUAAAUAUUAUAUUAUCUCAAAAAUAUACUGUUAACUUUUUAGAUUAAUCUUUCCGUUCUACUUUUUAAGCAAUUUCAUACACUAAGAUUGUUAAAUUUAUAUUAUUAUUUAUUUAUUUUAGAGUUAUAUUUCAGAUCAAAAAUAUACUAUUGUUACUAAUUAUUAUUAUUAUACCAAAUUUAUAAAUUUGGAACGGAAAUAGCUUAAAAAGCAUCCGUACUUAGGCCAUAUAAUAUGACAGUACAAAAUACUUGUAUUUGUAUUGCUUAUAUACCUAUGUUAAGCGAGUUUGUAAACAUUAUAAGUGUUAUAACUUAUGAUAACUAGCUAAUGUUAGUGCUUUAUACUGUAGUCUGUAAUUGAAUUAUAUUUUAAGUUUAAUAAUUACAAUAUAUAUAAAUAUUAUCCAUUAGAUUAAAUAAUAUAGUAGGUAUAUGUCAUAUGUAUAUGCCCAUAGUUAAAAGUAAUCAAUUAUGUUAUAAUACACAUACACACACACACAUAUAUAUAUAUAAAUGUAUAUUUAAAUAAUAUUUAAUAAAUUAUUUACGAAC